CUGCCGCAGACUCCCACGCUGUCUUGUAUUUCCUUUUGCUUAUGGACUGAGACUUCUUGGUUAGUCCCCUGAAGGCCUAAACGCAGAAAACCCUAAAUAGCUUGAAAAUACCAAAUUGAAGCAAUAUGAGCAGAGGAAGUGGAGGAGGAUACGAUCGUCACAUUACGAUUUUUUCACCUGAGGGCCGUCUUUUUCAAGUGGAGUAUGCUUUUAAGGCUGUUAAGGCUGCUGGGAUCACCUCAAUUGGUGUUCGUGGAAAGGAUUCUGUCUGUGUAGUGACUCAGAAGAAAGUUCCUGACAAGCUUUUGGAUCAUACAAGUGUCACUCAUCUUUUCCCCAUUACAAAGUAUCUUGGUUUGCUAGCAACUGGCAUGACAGCUGAUGCAAGGACUUUGGUUCAACAAUCUAGGAAUGAAGCUGCUGAGUUUCGCUUCCGAUAUGGAUAUGAGAUGCCUGUGGAUGUUUUGGCUAAAUGGAUAGCUGACAAAUCACAAAUUUAUACACAACAUGCUUAUAUGAGACCACUUGGAGUAGUUGCUAUGGUUUUGGGUAUUGAUGAUGAAUAUGGACCUAGGCUCUACAAAUGUGACCCAGCUGGCCACUACUUUGGCCACAAGGCUACAAGUGCGGGGUUAAAAGAGCAAGAAGCAAUCAAUUUCUUGGAGAAGAAAAUGAAGAAUGACCCUCAAUUUACCUACGAGGAAACAGUGCAGACUGCAAUCUCGGCCCUGCAAUCAGUUUUACAGGAGGAUUUUAAGGCCACAGAGAUUGAGGUUGGAGUGGUGAGGAAGGAGAAUCCAGUCUUCAGAGUGUUAUCCACCGAAGAGAUUGAUGAGCACUUGACUGCUAUAAGCGAGCGAGACUAAAUGAUGAACUGUUGAUGGGAUCCAGUAUUCUUGAAACUUCUUGGUCAAUAUUUAGACACUUUUCUGUGUGAAACCUAACCAGUUAUCAGCUGAUAUGCUGUGUAGGUGCAGAUGAAUGCUUCAAUUGUCAAACGAAAAUUUCAACUCAAAUCUGAAACUGAUAGGUUCAUUUGCUUUUGCAAUGCUGAGGGCCUUCCCUUGUGGAAAGAAUGAGAUUAGUAUUUCUUUGUUGGUUUA